GUUAUGUUUAUAUGUAAACAGCAAGCAGCAAGUUACUACAACAUGGAUGAAGAUUCAGAAGAAAUUGAGGAAAUAGUACCGAAUGUGAAACGUGCUGCCCCAAAUAUUCUGAUAACAGGUACACCAGGAGUCGGAAAAUCAACACUUUGUCAAAAAUUAGCAGAAACGACGGGCCUACAAUGGUUAGAGAUCUCGAAGAUUGCCAAAGAAUACAACUGCUUGGAAGAAUAUGAUGAAGUCUAUCAGUGCCCCGUUCUCGACGAAGACAAACUCAUGGAUGGUUUAGAACAAGUGAUGAGUAAAGGAGGAAAUAUCGUAGACUACCAUAGUUGUGAAUUUUUCCCAGAGAGAUGGUUUGAUGUAGUGUUUGUUUUGAGAGCUGAUAACACAACCCUGUUUGAUAGACUGACCAGUAGGGGGUAUAGUGGAAAAAAGCUUGAGGACAAUGUGCAGUGUGAAAUAUUUCAAGUGAUUUUAGAUGAAGCUAAAAUGUCUUACAAAGAAAACAUUAUUCAUGAACUAAGUAGUACAACUCCAGAAGAAUUACAGGAAAACAUAAAUAGGAUAUGUUUGUGGCUGCAACAGUGGUUUCAAGAUAACCAAUAUACCUGAAUUGUGCCUUA